GUUUCCUUUGGCGAACUUUAGGGUAUAUUUGUUCUUUCUAACCAGGAAAUAGAUUUGAAAGUUAACCCAUAUCAUUCCAUAUAGCUUAAUAAAAGUACCACAGUGUCCUUUCAUCCCAAAAGUUUUUAUUAUUUUAUCUAAUUGUUUAUUUUAUCUCCUUAAAUACAUUUUAAUCUCCUAAUUUAGCACUGUUAGCUACUUCAACCAACAUGAAGGAGCAGCAUUCACUCGAGAAUAUAGACAGCCUCUUUUUUCAGUUUGCUGUUAAAACUCGAGAGCUCUCUCAAAAGAGGAAUGAAAUCCAGCAACAAAUUAAAGUGUGCAGAACUGGCAUCACUGAGAAGAGGUCUUGCAUUGAAAUACUUCAAGGAUAUGUCAAGAAUCUUGAAGAGGAAAUCAGAGUGAAGGAGAGCGCUGUAACGAGGAAUAAGGAAAAGGCAAAAAGCUUGAAGGCGACCAACAGCCUGCUUCUUCAGUAUGAACAGACACUAAAGGCUGAACUAGACAGUAGGAAAAACAGCUUCAACCAUGACCAGGAACUCUAUGAAGAGAGGAUUGCAAGCUACAGACAGACACUGCAGUCACACAAAGAAACAUAUUUCCAAAACCCUGUCGCUCAGAAGCUCCUCCAGCUGCAGGCUGAAAUCGAGGAAACUGAGACCAGAAUUAAAGACUGUGACAACUGCAUGGCGAUGAAACAGAAGGAACUGCAACACCUCGCUGGUCCAGCCGUCACGUCUUACUCCAUUGAGAUGCUACCAGACAGUGUUUUAGGCCAGCCGGCCACAACAGAAGACGAACAAUCUGAACAGACCAUGGAUGGCGCCAUUGACAUCUCAUCUAUUGAUCUUAACCAAGCAGCUAGCGACCAUGAACCUGAUGUGGAAGCAAACACCGAGGCGAUGAACAGAGAAAACGAAGCGCAGGAUCCAGCCGGCUAUCUCUCUGCCCCUGACAAAACAAAUGAGGAGCUGUGGUCUCAUCAGCAGUUGGAUGAGCCAGGUCCACCAGAUGAAUUGCACUCUGAGACAGAGGAGCCCAGACAAUUCAAAAGAGGAACCGGUUCCAGUCGCUUCUCUAUUAACUGUGCAGCUUCCCACUUUAGCGGGUCCAGAGGAUGUCCCGAAGGAUGGCCUGCAGGAUGAAGCGCCUGAUGCAGAGCACCAUCAGGGAGCCUAUGAUUUCCCUCAAACAUCUCAAGAAACUGACCAAAAGUCUCUCUCUACAAAAGGAACAUCUGUAUCCUCAACCCCAACGUUUGC